CGGGCCACUUGAAACCAAUUUGGGCUGAAGGUGGCCCCCGAAACUAAAAUGAGUUGGACACCCCUGCCGUAGACACAGCAGAAGUCAGGCUGAAGGGAAAAGGGGGUGGAGGGGGGUGACUCAACCUGCCACUCCCCGCUCAGGCCUUCACGGGAGCGCGCCUCCGCUCCUGCGCGCUGUCACGCUUUUACUACCAACAGGCACGGAAUUCAUGGGAGGAAGUCACUGAGAUUGGGAAACGGAACAACAACUCCACACGGUGCCGGAGAGAAGGGUAAAAAAAGGGGGAAAAAAAAGGAGAAGAAGAAGUGGAAGAGAAGUUAAAACGCAGGGAAUUCCUCGCGGGGAAUAACAGAAGUUACUCCGCUUUUUGGAAUAUGGACUAAAGGAGCGGGGCGUCUCAGCAGAUGGAGGCGGCGAGAAGUUUGCUGUUCGUCGGGGCCGUGCUGCUCGGAGUGACGGGCGCACUGGGCAGAGAAGUGUGCCUGGGUACGGACAUGAAGCUGGCCCUGCCCUCCAGCCUGGAAAACCACUAUGACACCCUGAAGCUGCUCUACACCGGAUGCCAGGUUGUCCACGGCAACCUGGAGAUUACUCAUCUCCACGGAACGCCGGACCUCUCCUUCCUGCAGGGCAUCGUGGAGGUGCAGGGUUAUGUGCUCGUUGCCCACGUUUCAGUGAGUCUGGUGCCUUUGGAUAAUCUCCGGAUCAUCAGAGGCAGCCAGCUGUACAACUCCAGCUACGCGCUGGCUGUGUUCGACAACACCCGGGCCGACCAGGGGCUCAGGACUUUACGACUUCGUAGCCUCACAGAGAUCCUGUUGGGUGGGGUGUAUAUAUGGGGGAACCCCCAACUGUGCUUCCCGGACCCCCAGAGCAUCAACUGGAACGACACCUUGGAUGAGCAGAACAUCCACGCCAGGCUCCACAGCCUGCAGCAAAGGGCCCCUCAGUGUCCAAGCUGUUCCUCUGUAUGCGGGAGAAGCUGCUGGGGAGAAACGCCGCAGGACUGCCAGACCCUGACCCGGACUAAGUGCGUGUCCGGCUGCCCGCGAUGCAAAGGUCCUCUGCCCAACGACUGCUGUCACAUGCAGUGCGCCGCCGGAUGCACAGGACCCAAAGACUCGGACUGCCUGGCGUGUCGACACUUCAACGACAGCGGCUUGUGUAAGGAGAACUGUCCUCCACCCAUCAUCUAUGAGGCGUCCAGCUAUCAGGCCAAACCCAACCCACACAAAAAGUUCAACUUCGGCGCCACCUGCAUCAAGACAUGUCCAUAUAACUACCUGGCCAUGGAAGUGGCCUGUACUUUGGUUUGUCCCCGGGACAUCCAGGAAGUUAUCAUCACGCAACCCGACGGAACUGAAACUCAGAAAUGUGAAAAGUGCGAAGGAGGCUGUCCCAAAGUGUGUUACGGUCUGGGCAUGGACAACUUCGGUGUCAUGGACAACCAAGGCGUCACCAUGGUAACGGCCUCUAACGUGGAACAGUUCAACAACUGCAAGAAGAUUUUCGGCAGCCUGGCCUUCAUGCCUCAGAGCUUUGCGAGGGACCCUAUCACCAACACAUCAGGCCUGACUUUCGAGCAGCUGAGCGGCUUCAAGAAACUGGAGGAAAUAACAGGUUAUCUGUACAUUGACGCCUGGCCGGAAGAGUGGACCAACCUCAGUGUGUUUGAGAACCUGAAGGUGAUCCGAGGCAGGAUGCUCUACAAGGGUGUGUUUUCACUGGCCGUCCAGAACCUGCACAUCCGGUCUCUUGGGUUGCGUUCGCUGCACAGCGUCAGCGGGGGUUUGGUCUUGCUGUACAACAACCCCCAGCUGUGCUACACGAGCUCGCUGCCGUGGAACAGCCUCCUCCAUCCCACGCAGGGGCCCCACCGCAUCGUGCGCAGCAAUCAGGACCCCCAAGUCUGCGAGGCUGAAGGCCGCGUUUGUCACCCGCUCUGUGAAGGGGGCUGUUGGGGUCCGGGCCCCAGCCAGUGUGCGUCCUGCAAAACUUUCCAGCGCGGCACCGAGUGUGUCGAGCAGUGCGAUAUCUAUCAGGGGUCGGUGCGGGAAUACAAAAACGGGUCCAUGUGCGUCGCCUGUCACGCAGAGUGUCGACCCCUCAACGGCUCUGCCUCCUGCCACGGCCCGGGUCCAGAACACUGCACGGAGUGUCUACAUUUCCAGGACGGCGAGGCCUGUGUUGACCACUGUCCCAGCGGCGUGAAGGAUCAGGAUCAGCACACUGUGUGGAAGUACAGCAACGCCACCGGACACUGUCUGCCCUGCAACACCAACUGUACAUUGUCCUGUGCUGUGUUGGACAAGAGAGGCUGUCCCAUCGAUACCAGGACGGGCUCGGGUACGACGAUCGCGGCCGCUGUGGGUGGUGUGACGCUGUUCUUCCUCCUGCUUGCUCUGCUGGUCUUUUACCUGAGGAGGCAGAAUAAGCUGAGGAGGAAGGAGACACUGAGGAGGAUCCUGCAGGAGCACGAGCUGGUAGAGCCUUUAACGCCGAGUGGUGCGUCACCCAAUCAAGCUCAGAUGCGCAUCCUGAAAGAGACCGAGCUGAAGAAGCUCAGGGUGCUGGGAGCAGGAGCGUUUGGUACCGUUUACAAGGGGGUUUGGGCUCCUGAGGGGGAGAAUGUGAAAAUACCAGUGGCCAUAAAAGUGUUGCGAGAAAACACCUCAACAAAGGCCAAUAAAGAAAUCCUUGACGAGGCCUACGUGAUGGCGGGUGUCGCCAGCCCUUACGUGUGUCGUCUCUUGGGGAUUUGCCUGACCUCCACAGUGCAGCUGGUCACACAGCUGAUGCCGUACGGAUGCCUUCUCGACUACGUCAGGGAGAACAAGGACCACAUUGGCUCUCAGUUCCUCCUCAACUGGUGUGUCCAGAUUGCCAAGGGGAUGAACUACCUGGAGGAGGUCCGCCUGGUCCACAGAGAUUUGGCCGCUCGCAACGUUCUGGUGAAAAACCCGAAUCACGUGAAGAUCACCGACUUCGGUCUGGCUCGCUUGCUCGACAUAGACGAGACGGCUUAUCACGCCGACGGAGGGAAGGUGCCCAUUAAAUGGAUGGCCCUGGAGUCUAUUCUGCACAGGAGGUUCACUCAUCAGAGUGACGUCUGGAGUUACGGGGUGACGGUUUGGGAGCUCAUGACAUUUGGUUCGAAGCCUUACGACACCAUCCCAGCGAGGGACAUCCCAGAACUUCUGGAGGAGGGAGAGCGGCUUCCCCAACCCCUCAUCUGCACCAUCGAUAUCUACCUCAUCAUGGUGCAAUGUUGGCUGAUUGAUCCAGAACAAAGGCCAAAGUUCAAAGAUCUGGUCACUCAGUUUAGUGCCAUGGCCAGAGAUCCACCUCGCUACGUCGUCAUACAGAACGACGAGCAGAUGAGCACGUGCAGCCCAGUCGACAGCCAGUUUUACCGGAUGCUCCUGGAGGAGGGGGACAACGUCAGGGAAAUGGUGGAUGUCGAUGAGUAUCUGAUGCCCCAGCCCAACCUCUACUCUCGCACUAAAGGAGAUGAAGCCCAAUCCAACGGGCCAUCCAGACACCAGUCUUACAGGAAAAGCAGAGAUCAGGGCUUAGACGUGGAGCCCUACAGCGCUGCAGGACCUCGCAGCAUGUACUCCUCGCUGACCUUAGCGUCAGGAGCCAAGACCCCUAACGGCAUGUGGCAUCAGUACCCAGCGCUGGUUCGUAGCCCCUCAGAUGGAGACCAGUCUGACUCGGUCUUCCUGGAUGCGGCUCCAGACGGCCAGUCGUUGCCCCCGGCUAGCCCCGGACGCUACUGCAAAGACCCCACCUACCCCGACGGAAGCCAGGGCAACCUGGAGACUGACGGCCCGAACGGCUUUCAUCAUCCCCAUCACCUUCAUCACUCACUGCCCAGACGGAGUCAUGGCAACAGUCAUAUUCGUGGCUUGCCAGAGUACGUCAACCAUGACAUUCAGGACAUGAGGCCGGGGAUCCCCGAGCGGCCCAGCACGCUGCCCCGCAAAGGCUCCAAAAUAGACCGGCGCCUCCCCAACGGCCUGAGCUCUGGUCACAGCGUGGAAAACCCAGGAUACUUGAUCCCUGUGAACUCCAAGAGCUCAACCUCUCCCGCGUUUGACAACCAGUACUACCUGGACCUCGUGCCCAAAAACGCACACGGGACUGUGGCGGCGGAUGGUCAUGGAGCGCCGGAGACCGACGGAGGAGUGAGCCGGCAUGUGAAUGGGUUUGUGACGCCCACGGCGGAAAAUCCAGAGUAUCUUGGACUAGCAGAAGCCUGGAGUGGGCAUACUUGAGGAGAGGGACUAAGAACUCGAGGGGAGUCAUGGAUUGUGUCCUACUGAGGGAAAUAAGAGAAAGGGAAGAACAGUUUUAUUACUGGGCGUGUGCCUAAAACUGUUUUUAGUAAGGACAUGAAGAUCUGAACGUUCUCUUGGUCUGUCAAUCAAAAGUCAUGCAAUGACUAAACACAGUGUAGCAAUAAUGCGCUGUCUGUAGCAUCCUUUGUAAUCAAGUCAACAAUCUAUGACUGUUAAGUGCCAAAAAGACUUUACUCGAUGCGCAAAGGAGUUCACAUUGUCAAAAACCUUUCAAGGUACGAGAAGAGUCAGAUUAUCACGGAGACAUUUUACUGGACAAAUGGACGCUAAUUUGUUUAAUCCUCAUUUGAUUUUCAUUGGUUUUCCGUUUUCUGUGGUCGUUCCCGUGAAGCAUUUUAUUUGUAUUUUCUUCAGCGGGUCUGGAUUUAGAGUCGCUCUGCGUCCACUCGGCCCCGCAGAACAGAGAAAACAGCGUACAGAACACUUUGACAAAGUGAGCCACGAAACGCAUUGAAGACCAUGUUUAGUAUUCUGCUCAGUUUUUCCCCAGACCUGAUGCGGGUCUUCAGUACACUCAAAGCCAUUUUGUUUUGGACAUAGAAGGCCCCCGCAGCCCAUCUGGCCAGUAGACAUGCUCCCUGAAAGAAAGGCAUGCUGUAUGGAGAAGACAGCGGCAUUGUGCCGCACUGAUGUAUGUGGUCGUUAGAGUCCGUGGCCGGGACUUCUUAAUGGUACGAGAAAUCACUUGUAAGGUACUAGCCGACCUUAAAAGUGGCAAACAUAUUGAUAGUCCUAUUUCGUUAUUAAGGCAUGGUGACUAGUAAAUGAAAUCUUUCAGGGAUUAUGAUUCUUUUCCAAGAAGUAGGCAGCAUUACUUUGCUUUUUAAAUCACUGCACUAUGUUAGGACACUGUGUACGCCCUCCAAGCUUGUGUUAUCACAGUUAGACCAUUUAGUUUGGUGGCUUUUCGCUGUGCAGCAAAGCACUUCAAGCUAUUAGUAGUAGUAUAUUCCACAAGAAGUGAAGAAUUUGUAUGUAAAUACACAAGUGUUUCCCUUAGUGAAACAAGAAGCAGCUCUGCUCUUUGUGUUUUUGUGAAAAGUUGAGCAAUCCACUAGACACUGGAGCCGAAUGUGACUCUGAGGAGGGAAAAUCUUUUCACUGCUCCGUUUGGAUAAUCAAUGCAUGGCUCGAAUUCCACUGCGCGAGAACACACUGGCAUCCCAGUUUAAAAAAUCAACAGCAUUUUUUGGAAGGCUGUUUUUUUUUUUUUUCUUUCUUUCUUUUUUUUUUUCAUCAUGUUAACUGGUGUUGGACUGGGGGAGGUCAAAAUCGAUUCAAUGGAGCCAUUGUCUGACCUCCAGGUCCUUGUCGGAAAGUCUGCGCUCUCCUAACUCGCACAUCCCGACCGCCGACGUUGUCGCUAAGUUUAAAAUAAGAAACGAGGAGUCGGAAUGUGUUUCCGCACGGCUUGUGUUCCUGGACAGGUCUUGAAACCGACGCGAUUCCUCCCGUGUCUCCUUGUGCUAAACGGACAGCAGCUUCUCAUCAGACUACUACUGAGUUGCAGUGAUUUUCAAAGACGAACCUCUCUGAGUUUUAUGAAUCCACUACACAGUGAGUGGAGUGUGUCUGCGGCGGGCGGGCGGGCAGAGAUGCUGGUUGGGACGUGCACAACCCGCCCAUUCAUGUGAGGUUUACUCUGAAAGUCUUGCGGUAUUCUCCUUUUAUCUCGACUUUCUCAAUACGGGUUUUUGAAGAGUUUUGUUCCAGAAUAGAAAAAAAAAAAAACGAAUUUUAAAUCCCAAUUUCUUAUAUAAAAAAUGUCAAGAUUCUAUUUUUAAUACCUUCAGCUAUCACAUACUAACACUAUGCAAUAUGAAAUAGUUUUUGAAGUGAUGAGUCACGUAAUGUUUUUGUUUUCUUAUAAUGGAUGUAGAGUUUUGGUAUGAAACCCUUUAUAUGGAUUGUUGCUGUCCUCUUCACAAAGACAGAUAUCAGAUUGACCAAAAUGCAUUUUUUUUUUGCAUUGAUCCUGUUGUGUUUUAAUAAGGUUUGUCAACCGUAAUAGAUGGAGAAGUCUGUAAUUGAGGAAAAAAAAAAAAGAUAUAACAUGUAAAGAUGUUUUCCUUCUGGUUCCCAAUAUCGCAUUUAUUCCUUAAAGUUCUUUUGUGUGCGUGUGUGUCAGGAAAUUAAAGCUCUUGGGGUUAUUAUUGAUUCUUCCAAAAAUAAAAAAAAAGCAGCUAUAAUUUGAAAAUCACCCAAAACCAAUACAUAGCUCUCAUAGAUGCUCCAUCUUUGCUCAAAAAUGUGACAUGAUUCUGUUUUUUAUGAAACCACGACCCAAUAUGCAGUAACAACUAAUGUACUUGUGUUUACACUGCUGUGUGAUUUUAUGUGUAUUACGUUGCCAGCACACUACAGAGGAAUCUCAUAGAUUAUACGCUGACCAAACCCGAGUCACUGUUCAUUCUCUGCUGGGUCAAGCCAUUCGGUUGUACUGAGCCCGAGGACUGGCCCUGGAUUAUGGUAGCGCGUAGCAUCUCCUGCCUCCAAGCAUUUGUUUUGCAAAAUGCUGAACUCAUUCUCAGACUAGAAACAGACCACAUGUUAAAAACUGGUCCUUUCAAACGGUCUCAAAUAAGUUUGUCAAACACCUACAACAGUGUGUCUGUCAGUCUCAGUCAAGGAUGUGGUGAGAAACUGCACGCUGUCAUGUAAAAGUCAACUGGAGAAGAAAGGAGCAGCUAAACUAACCGGUCCCGAAAUGUUGUAAAAUUAAAUAUCUGUCAUAUACUGUACAUUUUGAAGAAAAUGUAUCUUUUGUACUUUUUAUGUGAAUAUUUCUGACCUCUUUUUUUUUUUUUUUUUGUUAUGGCAAGACCUGAAUAAUAACCAGAGUUCCUUCUUGCAUCCCUUCCUUUUUGGUCAGUGCGUCCCAUUGUGUAAAUGUAUAAUGUGUAUAUAUAAAUAAAAACAAUCAGUUUGGUAGCUUA